GUAUAGUCACUAAUUGAGUUUAGUUUUCCUUUAAGAUGGUUGUGCAACCUGUACCGGUACUGAUGCUUUUAUUUUGUCAUUCUAUCCAGCUGCAUGCCUUUAUCGUGAUGGAAUAUGCAAGUGGAGGAAGCCUACAAGAUCUUCUCAACAACAGAGGCUAUCUGGACAUGGACUCCGUACUGUACUACGCAGCUGAGAUGGUGUGCGGCCUGCAAUUUCUGCACUCUGAAGGAAUUAUCCAUCGAGACUUCAAACCGGAAAACAUUCUGUUCAGCAACAAGGGACACAUCAAGAUUGCUGACUUUGGAUUGGCUGCUGAGAACGUAUUUGGCAACAAAACCAUCUCAGGAUCAAUUGGGACAUUGCACAACAUGGCCCCAGAGGUGAGAGACUUAUUACUGAUAUAUGUAAUGCACAGAAUACCACAAUAA